AUGUGGAUACCUCGCCAGAAGCUUGAUUGGUUGGGUAUCACUUGGGACAGCGCUCGUGGAACCAUUGAAAUUGUUGAUAGGAGGGUUGCCAAAAUAACUUGUACCAUUGACAGUAUUAUGGACUCCGAUUUUGUUCUUUCUGCCAGAAGAUUGGCCUCUUUUACAGGGCAGAUAAUUUCUACAGCGCCUGUUUCAGGGAACAUUUCUAGGAUCAUGACUAGGCACUGCAUUAUGUCUACAUUAAGCGCGCAGCACUGGGACGCGAAAGUUAAGAUGGAUUCUUAUUGCAUUGAGGAGCUAUAUUUUUGGAGAAACAACCUAAAUUCCAUCAAAGUGCGCGAUUGUUUUCCCUUUAAUAAGCCACAGCGUUUCGCCUAUUCCGAUGCCAGCGCUACAGGGUGCGGUUCAGUUAUUACCCGUAAUGAGGAUUGUGUGUGUCACAAGCUUUAGGAGCCUCCAGAAUGUUCUUAGAGCUCUACUUGGAGAGAACUUGCAGCCAUUGAUUUUUCGCUAGGGUCUUUUGCGCCAAUUUUGGAAGGUUCACUGGUCAAGUGGUUCACUGAUAGCCAGACGGCGGCUAGAAUUAUAGAAGUCGGUAGCACAAAAUUGGAUUUGCACAGGCUUGCUAUUUAAAUUUUUCAGUUUUGCGCGGAGCACUCUAUUCGUUUGGAGGUGCAGUGGAUAUCAGUCGCCUUAUAGAUUUUGACGAUUGGCAAAUCACGCAUGAUCUUUUUCUAAGUUUGGAGGAGUUAUGGGGCUCACAUACAGUUGAAUGUUUUGCCAAUUAUUAUACAGCUAAGCUUCCUAGAUUCUUUUCGCGUUUCUGGAAUCCGGGUACAUCAGGAAUUGACUUCUUUGCCCAAGAGUUAAGUUCCGAGAACUGUUUAGUGGUUCCUCCAGUUUCUCUUGUCGCUCGCGUUAUCCAUUAUCUGAGCCUACAGAAAGCAAUGGCUACUCUUGUAGUCCCAUUNAGGAGCCUCCAGAAUGUUCUUAGAGCUCUACUUGGAGAGAACUUGCAGCCAUUGAUUUUUCGCUAGGGUCUUUUGCGCCAAUUUUGGAAGGUUCACUGGUCAAGUGGUUCACUGAUAGCCAGACGGCGGCUAGAAUUAUAGAAGUCGGUAGCACAAAAUUGGAUUUGCACAGGCUUGCUAUUUAAAUUUUUCAGUUUUGCGCGGAGCACUCUAUUCGUUUGGAGGUGCAGUGGAUAUCAGUCGCCUUAUAGAUUUUGACGAUUGGCAAAUCACGCAUGAUCUUUUUCUAAGUUUGGAGGAGUUAUGGGGCUCACAUACAGUUGACUGUUUUGCCAAUUAUUAUACAGCUAAGCUUCCUAGAUUCUUUUCGCGUUUCUGGAAUCCGGGUACAUCAGGAAUUGACUUCUUUGCCCAAGAGUUAAGUUCCGAGAACUGUUUAGUGGUUCCUCCAGUUUCUCUUGUCGCUCGCGUUAUCCAUUAUCUGAGCCUACAGAAAGCAAUGGCUACUCUUGUAGUCCCAUUGUGGCCUUCGUCGAGUUUUUGGCCUCUUCUGACAAGUAAAUAUCGGUUGUUUAUGAAAGGAUGCUUUACGCUGAAUGCAUCCCAAGCCCUCACCCUGGGAAGAAAUUUAAGUUCAUUGCUUGGUUCGCCUCGUUUUACAGGCGAGGUUGCCGCGCUUAGAUUUGAAUUUUUGUAGGAUUAUCCAACCUUUAUUGCCCUUCGAGUAGGUCAUUCUGAACUAGCUUUUAGUACUGGUAUUUGCAGGAUUUGACACUGGUCAUUAGUAGCAUGGACAGCUGUGUCCAGAGUAUAUGACACUGGUAAUGUGAAGGGACGUCUGCGUCCGUUAGAGAAGAUUUCUGUCGUUUUGGAUUUUUGUUAGUAGAACGAGGUUUCGAGUUCUCUCGACAAUGGGAGACCUGUUCACGUAUGGAAAAUUGUCCUUUUUUGACACUGGUUAGCGAAUCGUAACUCAACCUGCUAUUCUGGCCAAGGUUUUUCACAAGGUUGAGCUGCGUUAUUUUUGUUAGUUUAGGUUAUUUACCUUUCUUUAUCAAGGCUGUAACUUUGUUUUUUGCUGAUUGUUAGGUUAUUUAAGUGUUCGAGCUGACUGUGUCCUAGAUAGGGUGUUGCCUACUUUAUAUUCGUUUGCCUGUCGUUUAUGGGGCCUUUUUGGGAGAUUUAAAUCAUCUGCUAGAGCAAGUCGCGUUUAGGAUAUAUCUGCAGUUUUUACGCGUUGUUAUUAGUUUUCUUUGUAGGUUAUUCGCUAUGGCUUUGUUUAGGAGCUACUUUGCUUGCCUAUUUUGCCCCAGGGAGGUCGCUGUGGUUAAUUUCUAUUCUGCUUUCUGCAGACAUUGCGUCAUAGGCAUGGGGCCGUUUAUUAGAAUCGCUGUCAUCGCUUGUGUUACAUUUCAUAAAGUCGCUAUCCUGUUAUUGCAAAAUUUUGGUGAUAUAAUUUUUUCUUGCAGGUCGUAGUUGCAAUUAAGGCAUAGAUGGUGCUCCCUCCUGCUAUUAGGCCGGAUUUUCAUUCUUUAUUUAGUAGAUUACUUUGUUCUAGGGCGGACUCUACUGCGAAGAAAUAUCUAAUAUAUAAACAAGUUUUUACUGUGGUCACAGGACUCGGAAAAUUGCGCUACAGUUGCCGUUUUCUUCUUCUGUUGUCGCCCUUUAUCUAUUUGGAUUAGAUCAACAGCUUAGGUCCCGGCCGCAAUGGUUUUGUUCCAUGCUGCGCUGAAAUGGUUCCAUUCCUUUGUUCCUGAUGAUGGUCCCAAUCCUUUGGAUGACGCUUGUUGCAAGAACUUGAUUGAGUGCGCCAAGAGGACAAGGACCAAUCCAGUUCACAAGAAAAAAACCCGUGGACCCUGCUAUCAUUAGAGGCGUUAUUGACAGACAUGGCGCUGAGGAAGCAUCUUUAAAGGACUUACGUAUUGCCGUAAUAAGUUCUUUAGGUUUUGCAGGAUUUUUUCGUUUUAACGAGUUGGCUAAUAUUCAGCCAAAACACCUCACGUUUUGCGAUGGUUUUGUUAAAAUUUUUGUGCCAAGGAGUAAAACGGAUGUAUAUAGAGAGGGCAAUUAUGUUUAUAUUGCUAAGUUAGAGAACAAACACUGCCCAGUAGCUAUCUUACUUAGGUAUAUUCAAGCAGCCAAUUUGGAUCUGUCUAGUCACUUGCCUUUAUUCAGGCCUUUAACGAAGAGCAAGUCGGGUUAUACCCUUAGGAAUGGCAAGUUAUCCUAUACUCGCUGCAGGGAAAUAUUUAAGACUACUUUGAAAGAUUUUAGAUUUUUUCUCGCUUGUUAG